AUGGACCUGAAGUGGAACCCUGAGAGAGUUUCUCAUCCAAGCUCAGCUGCAGUCCGGGUGACUGAUUUGAGUUGGCAAGACAAGCUGAAUGCCAGUCUGCUGAGUAAAGAUGAUGGAGAGCUGCUUGUGGAUGAACAUCUUUCCCCCAGGAAACUAAAAGUUUUGACAGGAGUUGAUGAUCUGCAGCAAGUGAAGGCUCUAGAGAUGCGAGUAGAUACAAGAGAAAGCACCUUGGGAAACUUUGGUAUGUAUCUCCCUAAUCUGAGAGAACUGAAGCUGGACAAUAGCUUGCUUGUGUCUGUGCGGGAUCUUGGAACCUCAUUGUCCCAUCUCCGUGUCCUGUGGAUGGUUCACUGUGGGCUCUCAGAUUUAGAUGGAAUCUGUUCCUUCAGCUCUCUAAAAGAACUCUACAUAGCCUCUAACAAUAUCUCUGACCUGAGUCAGCUGGCCUGGCUGGAUCACCUUGAAGUUUUGGACCUGAAAGGGAACAAUAUUGAGGACAUCGACCAGAUGCAGUACCUGCAAUUUUGUUGCAAGCUAAGCCACUUGACAGUGGAAGGCAACCUUAUUUGCCUGAAGCCAAAUGUGGAAUCUGCAGAGGAACCAGAUUAUAAUUACAGAGAGGAAGUAAAAAAACUCAUCCCUCACUUGAAGUAUUUGGACAAAAUACCAGUGAACCAGACUGCUCCCCUUCCUUCCAAGAAGAUACAUGAGGAUUGUCUAACCAUCGAGGAAUCCAUCAAGAAAGGUGGUUUGGCCAGAGACAUUUCAUGACAAGUUUCCUACUGGGAUCCAUAUCUUGGGGCAGUAGCAAGGCACUCUGGCUGUGGCCCAAGAUCCUCAACAAAUUCCAGGCCUGGAACUGCAGAGUGUUCUGCUAAUGCAGCGAGAUCUAGCGACGCCCACCUCUUGUACGGUAGCUGUCCUCUUCCAGAUCCCGCUGUUCCUGAUAAGCUGUUCACAGAAGAUGACUCCAGUGAUCUGACACAUGGGCUCAGACAAGUCAUAUGUGGGAACCCAACCAAGGCCCUUCAAGAGAGGAGGCAAAAGCUAGGUCCACCUACAGUGAACCCUUUGAAACUGUGCGAUGUGAGGAUAGAAAACCCUUACGGCUUUGGAGGAGGAAGAGAUCUGCACCAGGAAAACGUGUUCUCUGAACUGAAAGGAUGGAGAGAGCAGCACAAGGGGUGCCUGCAAACAGGUCAGCAAGAACAAGCCUGCCAAGCACUGAAGGUAACUCUUAGUCGUGAGGAAGAGACUACAGAGUCCAUCCUGACUCACAGCUGUGAAGAUGAGUUGAGGGAGGCCUGUGAUGGGGAUGUCAUUGAAAGGAGUUCACUUGAUUCUUCACACCACUACAGCCUCUCACAGCCUUCUUCAG